GACCCCAUUCAGCGCAGCGGGGGCCUUAAGGCACAGCACCGCACGCAGUCAAUCCACCACCAGCACAGCCACCGUCCGCGCCUAAGACGCCCAUAUCAUUGACGCCGUCCCUCGUUGGACGAGACCCCGCCAAGAUGCGAUUGCCCGACGCCGACAUGUUCGCCAACAUGCAACCCACCACCCUAGCCACGUCCCUUCCCACGCACACCGCGUCCCCGCUGUUCCUCGCGUCGCGACCCCAGGCCAUGGACAUGCCCGACCUUGGAGACAUGCAGAUGGACGCCUCCCAGAUGAGCUCCACCGGCAAAGGCAUCCUGGUGGGCAUGCUCUCCGCCUUUGGUUCGGCCGCCUUUGUCGCCAUCCUGGCCGCUAUCAUCUACUUUUUCCGAUACACCCAAAGAGGCAGGAUCUUCUUGGACCGCAUAGGCAGGCCCGGUGAAUACGAUGACGAGCAGGCUUUCAUAAAGGAGGAGGCCGAGGCGCUGGAGGAAAUGGAUGACCUGCAGCGCGUGGAAUACUUACGAGCGAAAGCAUUCAUCCAAGCAAAUCCGCCAGAGUCCGUUCAAACCGAUAUUUCAUUGUCUCAGUUCUUAGCGAUACAGGAGAAAGGAGUUUCAGCAUGGGAGUUUGAACCGGAACUGGAGAUUGCCAACUGUUUCGUCGAGGGCCGGACCGAGGUCGAGUUUUUUGACAUGGAGUGCAGCGUUCAAAGCAACCUGCCAAUUCCGAAGCAAAACGAAGUUUACUAUUGGGAGGCCAAGAUCUACGAAAAGCCCGAAAACACGACCAUAAGCAUUGGCUUGACCACCAAGCCCUAUCCGCUCUUCCGUUUGCCCGGCUAUCACAAGCACUCGAUCGCAUACACCUCAUACGGCUCUCGACGCCACAACCAGCCGUUCAUCCCAACCCCCUAUGGACCAUCUUAUGUGCAAGGCGACGUCGUCGGCAUUGGUUACAGGCCGCGCACCGGCACAGUCUUCUUUACUCGGAACGGCAAGAAGCUCGAGGACGUUGCACACGGUUUGAAGUCGCAAAACUUCUUCCCCACGGUUGGCGCGAACGGCCCGGCUCAAGUGCACGUCAACUUUGGCCAGAUGGGUUUCGUUUUCAUUGAGGCAAACGUCAAGAAAUGGGGUCUGGCGCCCAUGACCGGUUCGCUGGCGCCGCCGCCUCCCUACGGCAGUGAGCAGGGCAGUAUCCUGCUCGAGGGCGGACGGGAAGGUGUGCGCGAAGGAAUGGGUUACAUCAGCGCCGGCUAUGCACAUGGAAGGAGCAGCAGCCAGCAGAUGCGCCUGGGCAGAAAUCAGCCAACAAGCCCCGGCCCGCAGCGCUCCCCGACGGACAUCUCUCUUGCGCAACUCAGUCUUGUCGAUUCUAAUGAAGGGGAUGUUGGCGAAGGCACCAGCAACACUGCGGCGGCCGAGGCCAACCACUACAGCCAGAUCCCGCAAGGCCUGGCCAUUGCCGAAGCACCUCCGGAAUACCGCUCUCCAGCGCCAAGUCUCGACGAACGUACCAGUGGAAGACCGUCGGGCGAGGAGCGCAGGCCGUUGCUGAGGAACGCAGGGGAGAGGAGGGAGCAUGAGCCGCCUAUACCCACUUAUGCGGCUGCGGUGGCGGACUCGGAGGCGGAGAGGAGAGGAAGGAGUGAUACCCGCGGCAGCAGCUCGCGCUCAUGACACGACCACAAAUUUUUCCUUUUUACUACCUCGUGAUGACUACCGCUGAUCGAUCCAUCCUUUGUGUAUACCUCUUGCGCGCUCGUCUGGUCU